ACCGCCUGGCUUUGCAUGGUGGAGAGCGGAGGCUUCUCUUUCUCCUUCCUGCUCCAGACCCUGACAGCUCCAGGGGCAGGGCCCGGGGAUCCGCUCCGGCGGCGGUAGCGGGAGGAGGAGGCAGUGCAAGCCAAGGAGGAGGAGGGGGGGAUACCCAGCCACCCCAACAUGUCCUCCUCCACCAGCCAGCACAGCACCGAGCUCAAAUCCGAGCUCUAUUUCCUCAUUGCCAGAUUCCUGGAAGAUGGACCCUGCCAGCAAGCAGCACAGGUUCUGAUCCGAGAAGUGGAGGAUAAAGAGCUGCUGCCAACAAGGGUAGAUUGGACUGGGAAAGAACACCCCAGAUCUUACCAAAAUUUGGUAAAAUAUUACCGACACUUGGCACCAGACCAUUUAUUGCAAAUAUGUCAAAGGGUAGGACCUCUUCUCGAAAAAGAGCUUCCUCAAAGUGUCCCUGGAGUACUGACUCUUCUGGGAGCUGGCCGCCAGUCUCUACUGCGUACAAGUAAAAGCUGUAAAAAUGUGGUAUGGAAGGGUUCGGCUCUUGCAGCUUUACAUUGUGGACGACCUCCAGAGGAACCCAUAAAUUUUGGAAGUCCACCAAGCAUAGCAAACACAAUUUUUGCAAGAAGGCUGAAUGGAAAAUACAAGUGUCAAAACCUUGUUCCAACAGCAGUUUACCAACACAUGAAAAUGCACAAGAGGAUUUUAGGACACCUUUCUUCAGUGUACUGUGUAACAUUUGAUCGGACUGGUAGAAGGAUAUUCACAGGUUCUGAUGAUUGUCUUGUAAAAAUAUGGGCUACUGAUGAUGGUCGCCUUCUUGCAACAUUAAGAGGGCAUGCUGCUGAAAUCUCUGACAUGGCUGUCAAUUAUGAAAAUACGAUGAUUGCUGCUGGAAGCUGUGACAAGAUGAUUAGAAUCUGGUGCUUGAGGACAUGUGCACCACUAGCCAUACUGCAAGGACAUAGUGGGUCCAUUACUUCACUACAGUUCUCUCCAUUGUGUAAUGGAUCUAAGAGAUACCUAUCCUCCACUGGGGCUGAUGGUACAAUUUGUUUCUGGCUUUGGGAUGCUGGAACCCUGAAAAUAAACCCACGACCCAUAAAAUACACAGAACGACCUCGACCUGGAGUUCAGAUGAUUUGUUCCUCUUUCAGCUCUGGUGGAAUGUUUCUGGCAACAGGGAGCACUGAUCAUAUCAUUAGAGUUUAUUAUUUUGGGUCAGGCCAACCAGAGAAAAUUUCUGAGCUUGAGUUUCAUACAGACAAGGUGGACAGCAUCCAGUUUUCAAACACCAGUAGCCGAUUUGUAAGUGGAAGCCGUGAUGGCACUGCUCGCAUUUGGCAAUACAAGAAAAGGGAAUGGAGAAGUAUUCUACUAGACAUGGCGACUCGACCAGCAGGGCUAAACACUCAGGGAGUGGAAGACAAGAUCACAAAGUUAAAAGUAACAAUGGUGGCCUGGGACCGCCAUGAUACCUCUGUAAUAACUGCUGUCAAUAACAUGACGUUAAAAGUUUGGAACUCUAACACUGGGCAACUCAUCCAUAUUCUGAUGGGUCACGAGGAUGAAGUUUUUGUGCUAGAGCCUCACCCUUUCGAUCAUAGGGUGCUUUUUUCUGCAGGCCAUGAUGGCAAUGUCAUUGUCUGGGAUUUGGCUCGAGGAGUUAAGAUUCGAUCUUACUUUAAUAUGAUUGAAGGACAAGGGCAUGGAGCAGUAUUUGACUGUAAGUGCUCUCCAGAUGGUCAACACUUUGCUUGCACUGACUCUCAUGGUCAUCUUCUGAUAUUCGGGUUUGGUUCCAGUAGCAAGUAUGAUAAGAUCGCGGAUCAGAUGUUUUUUCAUAGUGACUAUCGACCUCUCAUCCGUGACGGUAACAACUUUGUCUUGGAUGAACAAACACAGCAGGCACCACAUCUCAUGCCACCUCCUUUUUUGGUGGAUGUUGAUGGCAAUCCUCAUCCAACACGAUAUCAGCGGCUUGUUCCAGGGCGAGAAAACUGCAGGGAUGAGCAACUUAUUCCUCAGAUGGGGGUGACUUCUUCAGGAUUAAAUCAGGUCCUCAGUCAGCAAGCAAGCACUGAUGUGAGUCCUUUGGAUAGCCUGAUACAGAGACUACAGCAGGAACAAGACCAGAGGCUGCAUCCAGAUGUUGGCAUUGGUAGUAGUAACAGACUAAGCAGAGCUUCCAUAAGCUCUUCCUCAGAAGUGCAUUCACCACCAAAUAUUGGAUUGAGACGCAGUGGACAAAUAGAAGGUGUUCGGCAGAUGCAUAGCAAUGCCCCAAGAAGUGAAAUGGCUACUGAACGUGACCUUGUGGCAUGGAGCCGAAGAGUUGUAGUCCCAGAACUAUCUCAAGGGGUGUCCACCAAACAAGAAGAAUGGAGAACUGCAAAAGGAGAAGAGGAAAUUCGGUUGUACAAAGCAGAAGAAAAGAAAAAAUCCACUGCAAACAAUACUGUACGAGAGAAUAAAGCUGUGUCUUACUCAAAGAACCAUUCCCCAGACUUAUCAUUGGAUUCCGUGGAUUCUAGAAAGCAGAAUUCAAGUCAGCAUAACUAUGGCACAAGAGCAGCCCUGGAGGAGCCAUCAGGGUCACCUGAAGAACUAGAAAAUGAGAACAGCUCCUCUGAUGAGGUAGAUGCUGAAAGUGAGCCAGUACCUGCUAGUGGGGCAACCUCCGAAGAAGAGGAAAAACCAAAUUGGAACAGCGAUGAUAGUAGUUCCAGUGAUUAUUCAAGUGAUUACUCUGACUGGACUGCAGAUGCUGGUAUCAAUCUUCAACCACCAAAGAAAAUACAGAAACCUAAAGUUAAGAAAGAUGAGAGCAGCUCUGAGGAUGAGGAAGAGGCUGAGAAGUUUAAACAAAAGAAGAGCAGAAGAGAAAAGAAGAAAGGAAUCGAGGAGAAGGAUGGACCAUCUGCAUCGCCAAAGAAAAGGAAAACUAAAGAACGGAAACAGAAGCGGUUACCAGUUGGAGAAUUGACAGAACAAGGUUUAACUUUGGAAGAAUGGCUGCCCUCUGCCUGGAUCACCGACACUGUCCCACGGCGCUGUCCUUUUGUACCACAAAUGGGUGAUGAGGUAUAUUAUUUCCGACAAGGCCACGAAGCCUACGUUGAAAUGGCAAAGAAGAACAAAAUCUAUAGAAUUAAUGCUAAGAAGCAACCCUGGCAUAAAAUGGAACUGCGGGAACAAGAGCUUAUGAAAAUUGUUGGCAUUAAGUAUGAAGUUGGACUGCCAACACUUUGCUGUCUUAAACUUGCUUUCCUUGAUCCAGACACUGGUAAACUGACAGGUGGAGCCUUCACAAUGAAGUAUCAUGACAUGCCCGACGUUAUUGACUUUCUUGUCCUCCGCCAGCAGUUUGAUGAAGCCAGGCGUCGGCAGUGGAGAAUAGGUGAUCGUUUCCGGUCUGUGAUUGAUGAUGCCUGGUGGUUUGGAACUAUUGAAAGCCAGGAACCUCUUCAGCAGGACUAUCCUGACAGCCUUUUUCAGUGCUACAAUGUCUGUUGGGACAAUGGAGAUACUGAGAAGAUGAGCCCUUGGGACAUGGAAAUAAUACCCGAUAAUGGUUCGUAUUCUAGAGAGUCACGAACAUCCGUAUUUCCAGAUGAACUGGGCAACAGUGUCCCUUUGACUGAAAAUGAAGUUCGCUCGUUGCUUUACAGAUCCCUUGAUGGAGAAUGGGGCUGUAGAAGCAGAGAUGAAGAAUGUGAGCGAAUAAUUGCUGGGCUCAACCAGCUGAUGACACUCGAUAUUGCUUCUGCAUUUGUGGCACCAGUGGAUUUGCAAGCUUACCCACUAUACAGCACUGUUGUUGCAUACCCAACUGAUCUAAGUACAAUCAAAGAACGUCUAGAAAACAGAUUCUAUAGGCGUCUAUCAUCAUUAAUGUGGGAGUUACGAUAUAUAGAGCAUAACACCCGAACAUUCAAUGAGCCUGGAAGUCCAAUUGUGAAGUCUGCUAAAUUUGUAACAGAUGUCUUACUGCAUUUUAUAAAAGACCAGUGUUGCUAUGACAUUAUUCCACUAUAUAACAGUUUGAAGAAGAAGCUGCUGUCAGACUCAGAAGAGGAAGAAGAGAAAGACACAGAUGUACCUGGAACUUCCACAAGAAAAAGAAAGGAAUACCAGCCUAAGCGCAAGCUGCGGAGCAGGGCCCAAUCAUAUGAUCUGCUAUCUUGGAAGACUCAGUGCCAGGAGUUGUUAAAUCUCAUUUUUCAAUGUGAAGAUUCUGAACCAUUCCGACAGCCAGUGGAUCUACUUGAGUAUUCUGAUUACAGAGACAUUAUUGACACUCCAAUGGAUUUUGGAACAGUGCGAGAAACUUUAGAGGCUGGUAACUACGAGUCCCCUAUGGAGCUUUGCAAGGACGUGAGGCUUAUUUUUAGUAAUUCCAAAUCUUACACACCAAGCAAAAGAUCAAAGAUCUACAGUAUGAGUUUACGACUGUCAGCAUUUUUUGAAGAGCGUGUAGGCACCAUAUUAUCAGAUUACAGGUCGGCUCUACGAUUUCACAAACGCAACACCAUAACCAAACGCAGGAAGAAAAGGAACAGACACGGUUCAUCAAGCAGUAGCCCUGGAUCCAGUCCUGAAAGAAAGAGAAAAUAUAUAAGACACCAUCCAAAGCCAGAAACUACUGUCUUGUCUCCUGGAUCAACACCGCUUCGCUCAGUGUCUCAUAAAGCUGCUCAGGUGAACGGCAAGUUAGGAGAAUCCAGUCCAGUAGCUCGGACAAGGCGGUACAGGCGUCAUAUGGAACCUGUUGUAGCUGAGCAGCCAUCUACAUCUUCAAAGCCUAAACUACCAAUGACAAAGUCAAAUAGUCCUAUUCUGCAAGGAAAAUCAGUGAUGGAAAACUCCAUAAGAUAUCCUAAGAGUCAGACUACGACCUCCAUCUCGAAUCAACCAAGCACCAGCCAGCUGAACAAGAACAUACCACCCAAAGAAAAUCUGAACAAAGAUAAACCAGUCAAACGUAGGAUGAAGGCAGCUGUUUGCACUCCACAGGCAGAGAGGAAAGCCCAAGUAAUGCCUCCAGAAAGCGUUCACGUCAAUGGGCACAGUAGUCCACCUAUCAAACCUGUCGUAAAGGGUCGUCCUGGCCGUAAACCCAAGAUAAUGCACAACAAUAACAACAUCGAAACUAAUGCUGUAGUACAGGUAAUACCCAAGAAAAGAGGAAGAAAACCAAAAUAUCCUAGGAAAGAGGAGCACCAGCUUAUACCACAAAACACUCCUCCACCUAUUGUGGAAAACACAACAAAGGUUAAGGAGCAACCUACAUCAUCCACAAACAAUUCCAAUGCAGAACCAAAUGUCAAGACUGAGAAUGAGGUACCAAAAAAGAAAAGGGGUCGAAAACCAAAAGUAAAAAUUGAGCUUUCUGAGGUGUUGCCUCCGCCACAACCACAUGUUGAGGAAGAACCUGUGAAUCAUGGAAAUGUAAACAGACAAACAAGAAGUAAAUGCAAAAUGUCUGAACCAGUGGAGGAAAUGCCAGAGAAUGCAGAAGAUGAUCAUUCUGAAUUAACAAUCAGAACUAGAAAUCAGGGAAGGAGGACAGCAUUUUACAACGAAGAAGACUCAGAGGAGGAGCAAAGGCAGCUGCUGUUUGAAGAUACUUCAUUGACUUUUGGAACUUCAAGUAGAGGAAGAGUACGGAAACUAACUGAGAAAGCAAAAGCCAAUUUGAUUGGCUGGUAGAUGCGCUUGAGCUUUGCAAAUGUAUAAAAGCAGCUUUAUAAAAUACUUUAAAGGGGAUACAUUUACUCUUGCUGCUACAACGGAUUGGAUAUUCUUCCAUUAGAAAGAGGAAGGGAACCGAUCGAACAUCAUGAAUAUAUUUUUCUUUUUGUUUUUAAUUAUUUUAAAUAUUUGAUGUUUAUUGCCUAUGAACUAGUCACUAGUGCGUAUAUUUCUUAAUUCAUGGCUCAGAGCUUGACAGAGUUAACCCCAGCAAUAUGUAUACCUUAUUUUGGGAUUGCAUGUUUUGUACAACAACUGAAUGGUUGUAUGAACUGAGGGUACAUUGUAACUGAUGCCACAAUUGCAUCUUUUUAGGAUUGUUAGACAAAGGUAACUAGCUGGGGAUUUGCAUUCCCAAUAAGAAUAAAAAGAAAGUUACCAAAUUUUAUCUCACCUGGGGAAAAUAUUUAAUGUUACAAGUAAACACCCCCAUGUGCAUGUUAAACAUAGGCAUUGAAAUAUCUCAUAUAAAUAUAUAUAUACUUAUAUAUCUAGAAAAGUGCAUAUAUAUGUGUGUAUAUAUUUAUAUAUACUUAUAUAUCCACAUUGGAAAAUAUUUAAUUUGUGUCUAAUUUUUCAGACCUUGAUUCUUGUACCAAUCACUAAAUCAUAUUAUUGUGCCAAAGACUGAGACUGAUUUCAGUUAAAACGUACAAUACCUGACUGUCAGAACUGCGCACAAUCUUUGUGUAUAUAACAAACAAUACAAAACAAAGUUGUAUAUUGGUCCUAAUGUAUUGUAUGUUGUGCUCACUUUAAACUGUUUUGGUACUUUUGUUAAAGAAAAAAAUAAAACAAAUACAGUAGCAGGGUUCUUUAACGAAACAUUUUAGUAAAUGUAAAUACAAUUAAUAGUUUAACAUGUAAGUGGAAUAUGUGUGUACAUGUACACACAUUUGGAGGGAGCGAGUAUUUGUUUUUUAUUUUAGUUUUUGUUUUCAUAUAUUUGCCAGUAAUGUGAUGUCCAGCAAUACAUAUUAUUGCUACAAAAUAUUGCCUCCUCUAGCAAUAUUUUGGUUAAUAAAUAGAAACCUUAAUACAUUAUGUAUAUUUUAUACCAUAGUUGCUACCUUAAUGUCCAUUUAAUGAGCGUCAUGUAGACUAGAAAGCAUCAACACUUAUUUACCUAAUGUUUGGUUAUGAAAAAAACAAAAGGGGCUUCUGAGAUGCACACUGGUGGUGUAUAUUUGUAAUAAGUAUUGCAGUGCAAGUACUCUUUUUCUAAGGAUCUGAAAGACAUGCUUUCUAGGGGAGAAUUCAGAACUACCUUAUUUGUACGCAUUUUCCUUUCCAUUUCCAAAUGUUAAAUUGCAUAAACGUGUGUGUAUAUAUUAAGUGUGUGUACAUAUAUGUAUAUAUGAAUGUAUAAUUUACACACAGGUUUACACAUGUUAAAUGUUUAAAAUCCAGGUAUAAAAUAUUUUACAUUACUUUUUUAAGCUGGCAAUAGAAUUGAAAGGUCACUUUAAAAAAAAUAAAAUAAAAAAAAAGUCAGCCAUUAGUUUGAUUUUAAAGUUGCGUAGGCGAAUCUCUAUGGUUGGAAAAAUGACAGCAGUUAUUCAUGUAGUCCUGUUUGAAGAGUAAUGUCCAUGCACACUGUGGAUUUUUAUUUUAAUUGUUUCCCCUCUGUUUUGCUCUUUGGUAAUCAUAUUUCACUGACAAAAAGUAAAUAGACAUUGAAAGCAAAAUAUCAUUUUAAUUUGUGUGCCUUUUAUUUUUACAAUCUCUGUAUAAUGUUUGUAUAAUAAAAUUAGUUCUACAAAUUAGCUGAAUGUAUUAAAACACUGCUGUGAAAAAUUACUAUUUGAUAUUUUGUAGCCAGGUAAUACAUUCCAAAUCUGCUUUUA